ACCAAUUAAUUUGUCUAAAUCAAACAUCGAAACACCUCCGGAUCUCACAGAGGAGUUUGAUUUCAUUGCAUUAGACCAAACUGUUUGGUUGGAGUGGAGAGAUGUCCACCACAACAAGACUGGUGUCCAUCGCUCUUUUAUGGAUUCUUGUUCUCUUUGGAACUCUAGCUUUUAUCCAGAAUCGAUUAAGCGAUGCUGCGGUCUCAUCAGAUCCUAAACUUGUUAAUAACGAACUCGGUCAGGAAAACAAGUCAGAGGGGGAUUUGGAUUUGGAAGGAGUUACUCACAGAGUUUACUUCGAUGUUGAGAUUGCUGGAAAACCCAUGGGUCGUGUUGUUAUGGGCCUCUUUGGAAAAACAGUUCCUAAGACCGCAGAAAACUUUCGAGCACUUUGCACGGGAGAGAAAGGAAUGGGAAAGAGUGGGAAGCCUCUCCAUUUCAAAGGGAGUACGUUCCAUAGGAUUAUUCCCAGCUUUAUGAUCCAGGGUGGUGAUUUUACUCAAGGUGAUGGACGAGGUGGAGAGUCGAUCUAUGGUGAGAAGUUUGCCGAUGAGAACUUCAAGCUGAAGCACACUGGACCUGGAAUGCUGUCAAUGGCAAAUGCAGGACCAGACACCAAUGGAUCACAAUUUUUCAUCACCACUGUAGUGACUAGCUGGUUGGAUGGCCACCAUGUUGUGUUUGGCAAGGUGCUUUCUGGCAUGGAUAUUAUAUACAAGAUUGAAGCUGAAGGCAAACAGAAUGGAGUGCCCAGACAUAAAGUUGUGGUUUUAGACUCUGGUGAAAUGCCUUUGUGACUUGCCCUCGUUGCAGUUGAUCAGUUCUCUUGUUCCCCUAUGCAAACUCAUCAAUGGUGAUAGAUUUUGUACUCCUGUUAUGUCUUAAUUAAUUUCAAGUUUGUGUGUUUUAAAGCUUACACGUUCACGGUUUUAUUGUCACCGUGAGCACAUUGAUGUGUUUAGGCGAUUAACAUUAAGGUUACAGCACUAAUAUUAUGUCUCCGUGGGUUUACGAGUUCUGCCUUGGAUGGUCGGACAUCAUUUAUAAGACAUGUUGAAGAGUUCCCUUUGUCA